AUGGAGGAGAAGGUUGGUGGACUUGGUCCAGAUUUGCUUCAUGGGCCUUGUGUUAUUGGGAGGUCUCAAACUCAAAAGGGUGUACUCUCAAAUAUGCCAACAGUGUGGUUCUCUCUGAAGAAGUCCCUCCACUGCAAAUCAGAGCCCUCAGAUGUUCAUGACCCAAAGUCAAAGAAGCAGUUGACAACAAUCUUGACCAGAAAGCCAGGAGGGGGGAGGUCAGGUUGUUCAAGGUCCAUAGCAAAUCUCAAGGAUGUGAUUCAUGGAAGCAAGAGACAUAUGGAGAGGCCCCCAAGUAACUGCAGCCCAAGAUCCAUAGGGAGCAGUGAGUUCCUCAACCCAAUAACCCAUGAAGUCAUUUUGAGCAACUCAAGGUGUGAGCUUAAAAUUACAAGCUUUGAUAUUGGCAAUGGCCACACCAACAAUGGAGGUGGGAAUAGCAGUAAUGGUGGUUCAACAUUUGUGGAUACACUAAAGCCAGGCACACCUGGGCCUGGAGGGCACCCCACAAUGCACUAUUUCAAUCCUUCUUUUAGGACUUCAGCCACUACUCCUCCAAGGAAGAGCCCUUUUCUGGUUUCUGCAGAUACAGAAGGCUCUGGAAAUUUUAAGGGUUCUUCAGGUUUGAAUUCAGCUAGUGGGAUUGGACUUCGACAAAGUAAUAGGGUCUCCUUUGAUGGUUCUUCCUCGAUUACUUGUCACAAAUGUGGUGAGCAGUUUACAAAAUGGGAAGCUGCUGAAGCACACCAUCUCUCUAAACAUGCUGUUACUGAACUAAUGGAAGGUGACUCAUCUAGAAAAAUUGUUGAAAUAAUAUGCCGGACGAGCUGGUUGAAAUCCGAGAACAAUUGUGGAAGGAUUGAGAGAGUGUUGAAAGUGCACAACAUGCAAAGAACUCUUGCUCGAUUCGAAGAGUAUCGAGAGACGGUGAAGAUCAAAGCCACCAAACUCCCUAAGAAACACCCUAGGUGCAUUGCUGAUGGGAAUGAGCUUUUAAGGUUUUAUGGGACUACUGUGGCCUGUUCUCUUGGCCUAAAUAGUUCCUCAAGUCUUUGUGUAUCAGAAAAAUGCUGUGUUUGUAGGAUUAUAAGAAAUGGGUUUUCUGCAAAGAAAGAGCUCAAGGAAGGUGUAGGUGUUUUCACAACUUCCACAAGCGCAAGAGCCUAUGAAUGCAUUGAAAUAUUGGAAGAGGAUCCAUGUAUUAGGAAAGCUUUGAUAGUCUGCAGAGUAAUUGCUGGGAGGGUUCAUAAGCCUUUGGAGAACAUAAAAGAAAUUGCUGGACAAACUGGGUUUGAUUCUUUGGCUGGAAAAAUGGGUCUUUACUCAAAUAUUGAAGAACUUUAUCUGCUCAAUCCUAGAGCUCUCCUUCCUUGCUUUGUGGUAAUCUGCAAACCCUGAAGAAAGUUCUUCUUUUUUUUUUUUUUUUUUUUUUUUAGGGGUUUUAGCUAGAAAACUAGCCCAUAUUGAUAAGUAUCAUGUUCUGUGAAUCCUUCCUUCUCUUUUUGUUUUUAUGGGUAGGAGAUUGUUCCUCGUAUUAUUGAAGAAACUUGAUACUUCUGUCAAGCUUGUUGUGCUU